UCCCAUUUUCUCGGCAGAUGUGAUUAUAUCUGCAUUUAAAACACACAAAUUGUCCCAUUUUGAUAACGACAUUUUCUUAAUUCUGUUGACAAGAUUGUAUUUAGCAGUUCAGUAUGUUGUGCUGGCGCUUGUUUCUGGGGAAGGUAAAUAAAAAGCACAAAGAGGAAGUUGUUGUCAAGUGUUCGUAGCACUAUCAGCAUUAAACAUAGAAGAAUAUGUCUGUUCUUUUCUCCUUUUAAAGCCGUAGACAUUUAAAAAUAACUCUGGAGGAAGCCGUCGCCUUGUUGGAACUAUAUUUAGUUGUAAUGAUAAUUUCAUUUUCCUGGGCUAUUUAUUUUAUAUUCGUGUCGAAGCCAUUGUUUGGGAAAAAUUAGCUAACCUAACGUUAGCAAUGGGUCGAUGACACAGACUGCAGCAGCAGAAUUCGACUGAACACUGCCCAGCUUUUUUGCACUGGUGAAGGAGUGAGGAGGACAGAUGGAUUUCUCUAAAUUCCUGGACGAUGACUUCGAUGUGAAAGACUGGGUGAACGGCGCCUUCAAGGUGGUGCAGAAGGACGCGCCGGGGAAAGCGGACACACACGCAGCCACACUGGUCAUGAAACUGCAACUGUUCAUCCAGGAGGUCAACAAUGCUAUUGAGGAGAGCAGUAAUCAGGCCCUCCAAAAUAUGCCCAGAGUGCUGCGAGAUGUGGAGGCUGUGAAACAGGAGGCUUCCUUCCUCAAAGAGCAAAUGGUCCUGGUCAAAGAGGACAUCAAGAAGUUUGAGCAGGACACUGUGCAGUCAAUGCAGGUCCUGGUGGAGAUAGAUCAGGUGAAGAGCCGCAUGCAGCUGGCAGCUGAGGCUCUACAGGAGGCAGACAAAUGGAGCACGCUGAGUGCAGACAUUGAGGAGACCUUCAAAACACAGGACCUUGCAGUGAUCUCCUCCAAGCUGACUAGCAUGCAGAACAGCCUGGCCAUGCUGGUGGACACACCAGACUACUCUGAAAAGUGUGUGCACCUGGAGGCUCUGAAAAACAGACUGGAGGCCCUGGCCAGCCCACAAAUAGUAGCGACCUUUACUUCCAUGUCUAUGGACCAGGCCAAGCUGUUUGUUAAGGUCUUCACAGAGAUAGAUAGAAUGCCACAGCUUCUUGCCUACUACUACAAAUGUCACAAGGGCCAGUUGGUGAGCAUGUGGCAGGAUCUCUCUCAGAGUGAGCUCAGUCUGAAUCAGCAGCUGUCUGAAUUCUACGACACCUUGAUCUCCACGUGGCACGCUCAGCUCCAGUGGAGCAGCCAGGUGUUCAAGAACCCAUAUGAGGUGGUGACAGUGUUGCUGAUCCAGACUCUGGGGGCCAUGGUGCCAUCCAUCGCUGUGUGCCUGAGCACAGCCAUGGAGCGCGCAGCCCAAGAGGAGCAUCUUGACACCCUGCUGGAACUCCAUCAAACGACGUCCACCUUUGGACACGGCCUGGAGGCCGCCAUGCUGCCACACCUGGGUGAGAAUAACCUGCUGAAGGUGAACGAGCUGGUCUGUGCGCUGUAUGACCCCUAUAAAUCUUAUCAAUUACAAUAUGGAGAUCUGGAGGAAGCGCACCUCCUCAUCCAGAUCAGUGCAGUACCUUUGGAACACGGGGAGGUAAUUGAUUGUGUAGAAGAGUUGAGCCACUCUGUCGGCAAGUUGUUUGGUCUGGCCAGUGCUGCUGUGGAACGCUGUGUCAAACUGACUGACGGACUGGCUGUGUCUGGCCUCCUUAAAGCUCUCAAAGCCCUUUUUACCAAGUAUGUGUCGGACUUCUCCACAACACUGCAGUCAAUCAGGAAGAAGUGUAAACUGGAGGAUACACCAAGUUCAUCUGUUUUCCAGGAGGACUGGACAGCCUUCCAGAACUCAGUCCGGAUUAUUGCCACUUGUGGAGAGUUACUUAGACAAUGUGGAGCAUUUGAGCAGCAUCUGUCAAACAAGAUCCUGGGUACAGCAGGUAAGUACUUGUCAGAGUCAUACAGCCCCCGGAGCCUGGCAGGCAUCCAGGAGGCCAGCUCCACAGAGAGGAAGAGCACCACCAAGAACCCCUGGCAAGAAUAUAACUACCUCCAGAGGGGCAACAUGGGCGAGUAUAACAGCCUGAUGGAAGUCCUGUACUCAUUAAAGGAGAAGGGCACAGGUAACUCCAGCCUGUUAGCUGAGCCCAGAGCAGCUCUGACCAGACUCAACCAGCAGGCCAACCAGCUGGCCUUUGACUCUGUCUUCCUGCAGAUCAAACACCAGCUCUACCUCGUCUCCAAGGUGGAGAGUCAAGAGGCACCUGGUUUUGGAGAGAGCUACACUGAGGACCUGCCUACGUUUAGCCUGUCGCCACAAGAAUACAUUACAAAUAUAGGGCAGUACCUGAUGUCUCUGCCACUCCACCUGGAGCCAUUUGUGACACAGGAGGACCCGGCACUAGAAAUGGCCUUACAUGCUGGGAAGCUGCCUUUCCCUCCAGAGCAAGGUGAUGACCUUCCCGAGCUGGACAAUACAGCAGACUACUGGCUGGGCUCCAUUGCUCGGGCAACCAUGCAGACCUACUGUGAUGUCAUCCUGCUCAUCCCCCAACUGAGCGCGCAUUCCACGAAACAGCUGGCAACAGAUAUUGACUAUCUGAGCAAUGUGAUGGAUGCUCUGGGCCUGCAACCCUCACGCAGCCUGCAGCACAUCGUCGCCCUGCUGAGGGCCAAGCCAGAAAACUACAGACAGACUGCCAAACUGCUGCCUCGUCGACUGGCCUCCACCAUCGCUGCCCUCCGGUGCAUCGACUACUAACUGUAAGGGGGAUGGAGAAGGACUCUGUAGGUACAGUGGCUCUCAGAGCGGCACUGGGGACUCUCUGAUGUUCUAUCUAUUCCUGGAUUGAUUGGGGCUGCAACAUUUUAGGUUUAUAGUCCUAUACAGAUAUUUAUGGGAUUUAUGGGAAUGUUAAGACAUUGAAAUCAGGGUGGCGCAGACUUUUUUUAUACCGAUUACUUUUGAACUAAGUGUGACUUUAAGUGAUGUCUCACCGGUGAUAAUGCCUUCAAGUCAAGCCAAAAGGUGAAAGUGUCUUGACUCUACAUCUUUAGUCUCUGCAUUUAUAAGUUGCCGAAGCAUCUGAGGCAGUAACAAAAUGUACAUCAGGGCAUUUGUGAGAGCAUUUCAAAUCUAUAUGACUGAUAUAUUUGUUGUUAAUUACUUGUCAUACUAAUAUAAUUCAUCCAUAAUAAAAAAAUAUAUUAAGGUACUAUCUCUGAUAUGAGCUGUAUUGUUUUAUGUUAACUGAGCUUAAUUUAAAAGGUAAAGAUAGAGGUGGUUUCUCUCUCUCAUUGUAGUGGGGGUCGGCUAAACAAUAUUGAUAAUCUCCAUGUGGACAUUGUUCCUUAUUUUUCCAUGCAGUAUCUUAAAAGGCUGUACAUAAAACAUUUACAUCAAAACUAUGAUGUAGCCUAUUGUGUUAUUUGACAAAACUCUUUAUUUACUAGAUCGAAUGGGGGAGUGGCUGAAUUAGAUGGUGAUGUAACUGAUCUAGAUUAAUAAAUGUAUGA